UCUCCGCUCUCGCCAGGACUGCUGGGUUCAUGCUCGCGCACGGUCUGCGCUCUGAACACAUGCAUAAUGGAGCUAUACGUUUUGUCUGCUCGAGGACUUUGCCCGUGUAAUCUGACUGCUUUAGAUUUGUUACUGUGAGGAGAGACUAUGUGUUCUUCGGGAUGGGUGCGAACAAUGGCAAACAGUGUGGAAGUGAAGGCAAGGGUAGCUCCAGUAUCUCCUGCGAUGUCUCCGAUGUGAGCUCCAGCACUGAUCAUACGCCCACCAAAGCUCCCAAGAAUGUGGCUACCAGUGAAGAUUCGGACUUGAGCAUGAGGACGCUUAGCACUCCCACUCCCGCCCUCAUUCUGAAGUCAAAUCCUUCCUGUGUCUCCCCUCAAACAGUCCCAAACGGCCAUGAAACGUCUUCCACAUCUUUUAACAUCACUGGGGAAACAGUUGCCCUGGUUCACCCGCCUCCAGGCACUCGCUCACGGCCUUCCAAAGUUCCUCCCACCACCCUCAUUGAUAUCCUGCCCGAUCCUGUUUUACUACACGUCCUGUCUUACCUGUCCACCCCUCAGCUGUGCCGCUGCGCUCGAGUGUGUCACCGCUGGUAUAACCUGGCCUGGGACCCGCGGCUCUGGAAUACCAUUCGUCUGACUGGAGAGCUGCUGAACGCUGACCGAGCCCUCAAAGUGCUCACCCAUCGGUUAUGUCAGGACACUCCCAACGUCUGUCUGACCCUGGAGACGGUUGUGGCCAGUGGCUGCCGCAGGCUGUCGGAUCGUGGGCUACGUGUGGUCGCUCAGUGCUGUCCAGAACUGCGGCGUUUGGAGGUUGCAGGCUGCUAUAAUGUGUCCAACGAAGUAGUGUUUGAUGUGAUAUCCCAAUGUCCCAAUCUGGAACAUCUAGACGUAUCAGGCUGCCUUAAAGUGACCUGUAUCAGCCUGACGGAGGAGGCGUCUCAACAGCUCACACCUCUACAUGGACAGCAGAUCGGCCUGCGAUACCUGGACAUGACAGACUGUGUAUCACUGGAGGACAAAGGCUUGAGGACCAUUGCCUUUCAUUGUCCACGUCUCACACACCUCUACCUGCGGCGCUGCAGCCACCUAACAGACGAGGCCCUGCGACAGCUAGCACUGCACUGCACCGCUUUACGUGAGCUUAGCCUUAGCGACUGCCCUCUGAUUGGAGACUUUGGCUUACGUGAGGUCGCUCGCCUGGAGGGCCGCCUACGCUAUCUGAGUGUGGCACACUGUAUGCGUAUAACAGACGUUGGACUGCGUUAUGUAGCGUGCUACUGUCCGCGGCUCCGCUACCUGAAUGCACGGGGAUGUGAGGGGUUGACGGACCAGGGUUUGAGCCACUUAGCUCGCAAUUGCCCCCGAUUGCGGUCUAUAGAUGUUGGCCGCUGCCCGCUGGUGUCAGACACCGGGUUGGAGGUGUUAGCACGCUGUUGUGAAGGGCUACGAAGGCUGAGUCUGAGAGGCUGCGAGAGUUUGACAGGGAGAGGGCUCAUGGCGCUAGCAGCAGGAUGUCCCGAGUUGCAGUUACUAAAUGUACAGGAGUGUGAGGUGCCACCUGAGGCACUUCGAUUGGUCCGACAGCACUGCAGACGCUGUGUAAUUGAACACACCAUACCUGCUUUGUACUGAGGGGACAGGUUGGGGACGCCAGAGGUGUCGACCUCUGAAAAACAGAUGUUUAUACUUUUUUGCAUUCCUAUGACUGCCUGAUGAGAUGCAACAAGGUGGAUGUGUCUCAAAACCUAGUGCAGGGGUGCUCAAUUCAGCUCCUGGAAGGCCACUCAUGCAGAGUUUAGCUCCAAUACACCUGACCAAACAUUUAGAGUAAUCCUGACUGAAAUUGGUUGGUUCAGUUGUGUUUAAUUUGGGCUUGGAGCUAAACUCUGCAAGACAGUUGCCUUCCAGGAGCAGGACUAGACGUUCUUUACCUAGUUAAUCAAUUCACGGUCUACUUCAGUGUUUCCCAAACCUGUUCCUGGAGGCACACCAACAAUAUACAUUUAGGAUGUCUCCCUUAUCUGUUUCAUACAUGUCAAGUCUAGGAGUCUCUACUAACAAGCUGAUGAGUUGAAUCAGAUGUGUUUAUUAUGAAGAGUUUGAAAAUGUGUACUGUGUCUCCUGCUCAGCUCAAGGGUGUCAAACCCUGCUCCUGCAGGAUCACUGUUGUGCAGAGUUUAGCUCCAACACACCUGCCCAGAAGUUUCUAGUAAUCCUAAAGACCUUGAUUCGUUUGUUCGGAUGUUUAAUUCGGAUUGGGGCUAAACUCUGCAGGACCCUCCAGUUGGAGGAUAGGUCACCCUGAUCCAGUGAAUCAAUUCACUGUCUACUGCAGUGUUUCCCAACCCUGUUUCUGGAGGCACACCAACAGUAAGCAUUUUGGAUGUCUCCUUUAUCUGAUCCAUCCAUUUCAGGUAUAGGAGUCUCUAUUAAUGAGCUGAUGAGUUGAAUCGGGUGUGUUUGGUUAGGAAGAGUUCAAAAAUGUGUACUGUGUCUCCAUUGAACUUGUUUGGGAAACAAUGGUCUCCUGCUUACUGAAACUCUGGGGCAACUCAGGGGUAUCAAACCAUACUCCUGGAGGAUCACUGUUCUGCAGAGUUUAGCUCCAACACACCUGCUAGGAAUUGAUACUAAAGACCUCGAUAAGCUUGUUCAGAUGUGUUUAAUUCAGGUUGGAGCUAAAGUCUGCUGGAAGGUGGCCCUCCAGGAGCAGGACUGGAAACCCCUGACCUAGUGAGUUGACUUGCUGUCUACUGCAGUGUUUCCCAACCUUGUUCCUGGAGGCACACCAACAGUACACAUUUUGGAUGUCUCCUUUAACUGACCCAUCCAUUUCAGGUCUAGGAGUCUCUACUAAUGAGCUGAUAAGCUGAAUCAGAUCUGUUUGAUUAGGAAGAGUUAUACUAUGUCUCCACGAACAGGCUUGGGAAACACUGGUCUCCUGCCUACUGAAACUCUGGGGCAACUUAAGGCCCAGGGGGCGUAUUACAGAAAGUUUCCUAUC